AUGACGUAUGCGAAGGAACUCAAAAGAAGUGUCAAAAUUUUCUUUUUAAUCAGAAAAUUACGUAAAAAAGGAACGAUUAAAAAGUUCCGAGAAUUCGGUUGUUUGGCGAGGCACAACUCAAGAUGUUUCGGCUGGCUAUUAAAACCGGCCUGGCCGGAGGAGCUGUGUAUUACAGCCGUGAGGAGGGGAUCUGGAACGAAAAUACGGACCAAGUGUACGAGCGAUACAGCAAGGCAAUCGAACCACAUCUCGUGUCGAUAAAGCAGCAAAUCCCUGUAGAGGUUCCUGCUCUGCCAACUUCCGGGGAGAUGUGCUUCCUGACCAAGCAUUACUACAACGAAGGUGUCAAAAGUACCAUCAAUUUCAUACACCGGUUUCCGUGCUACGUAGGCCAAUGGAGCAAGAAGGCAACGGAUGCGAUCAAGCAGGCUAUCGAACCACAAACGGAAACCGCCGCAGCAGCAGCAGCACCAGCCGGAGCCAGUGGCGCGAAAAAGUAGUUAGUGCGCCCGUCGUCUGUGGAACUUUUGUUGAUUUGAUUUUUCUGUAUUUAUGAUUCUAUACGCGAUUAUAGUAUGUAAUAAAACACGUGUGAAUGAUACAA